UGAUGGUAUCCAUUGGUAUCCAUAGUAUGGAAGCACUGGUAGUUUGUGAGCCAAUGGUAACUGAAUGGCAAUGUAUGUAAAGGUGCGCCCAUUUGUCACUGCAUUCACUCAUCAAUUGUAUGAAUGAAUGUAUGACUCGUUUAUUGAUCACUUGAUCACUGAUUUACCAGUGAUUUAGACAUUUAGAUGUCAUGUCCGACAAUCACAUGAAUGGUAUGUCACUCAUCCAUAAUAACUAUCACUUGUGUCUGCAUUUGUUAGCCAUCACUCACUUGAAGACUAUUUAAACAAAUUGAUAUGAUUGUAAUUGGAGAUCAAAUACAAUAUAUGGACAAUGAAUGAACUAUUUUGUAUUAUAUUAUUAUUUGGUGAUAAUUUCCAUGAAUACAAUCCAAUGGUUAUCAUAUGAAAUCAUUAGUAGUGUUGACUUAAUAGUUAAUAAUUUAAUAAUAAUAAUGAAAUUUAAUAUAUAAGAAGUUAAUUAACUUAUCGAUAAACUGGCGAAUUAUUUGGACAACUCUUCAAACGAUUCGUCGUUUUGGAAGACAUCUACGUUAAGAAUGGCCCGAAAGACAGAGACCAGUCAUUACAAGAUAAUCAAUAUAGCAGUUGUUGGUCUUUCGGGCACUGAAAAGGAAAAGGGAUGUCUCGGUGUUGGGAAGUCGUGUCUCUGUAACCGUUUUAUUAGACCAUCAGAAGAUGAUUACAAUCCCGACCACAUAUCCGUUUUAAGUCAGACCGACUUCAGCGGUCGCAUAAUAAACAAUGAGCACUGGUUGUAUUGGGGAGAGACCACUAAAACAUCGGAUGAGGGCUAUGAGCUGGCCUUCAGUGUGAUCGAGCAAACAGAGUUCAUAGACGACGCCUGUUUCCAACCGUUUAAAAGCGGCAAAACAGAGCCUUACUAUAAGCGAUGUGCUGCUACUCGACUGUCUUCGGCAGAGAAGAUGAUGUAUAUCUGCAAAAACCAAUUGGGAAUUGAGAAGGAGUACGAACAGAGAUAUCUUAAUGACGGUCGCUUCUCUAUCGAUGGUUAUGUUUGUGUGUUUGACGUAAGCCAAGUACAGGGCCGUAGUAUUGAACGACAGAUUGAAUUGACAGCACUUAUAUUGAAUUGUUUAAUGAAGACAAAGAAACCAAUAGUGUUGGCCACCACUAAACAUGACGAGUGUUACGAUUUUUAUCUAAAAGAAGCGGAAAGAUUAGUGAAUCGCAAAGAAUAUAAGGGAAGUAUAGUAUUGGUGGAAACGUCGGCUCACGAGAACGUGAAUGUGGACUUAGCUUUCGUUUGUUGUGCUCAAAUGAUCGACAGGACUAAAGGCAAGUCAAAGAAUGUAUCGUUUAUUGAGUCGUCACGCAAUCGGAAGGAUGCGUUGGACAACGCCAAUGACGCUUACCUAUCACUCAUACAAACACAGAUAACAGAUUACAGAACUUUAUGGAACAAUACCUAUAAAAAGUUGUCCCAAAGUCAAGACUUUAUGAACUAUUGUGAGCUCUUCGGACAGGACUCAGCACACAUGACAUUUAAACGUCAUAUUAAGAAACUUAAAGAAGAUUACUUGUGUCGUAAAAUGCAGAUGUAUUUAAGGAUAUUACCGGAAGUACUUACAGAGCUGAUGCCAGAUCUUGACACCAUUGGUGAACCAACUGAAUGGACCACAAUUAAAGAUCGUAUUAGAUCUCAUCCUGAUUUUGACCAAUACUUUGUUGACAAUCCCGAUCAGACGUGGCAAGAGGUAUCAGACUUUGAUGACGGCUCAGAAACUCGAAUUCCUUUUGACCUUUUAGACACUCCAGAAGCAGAACAGGUGUUUGUUGAACACCGAAUGAGUCUUGAAAGUGGCGAACGACAAAAGGAAUUAAGGCAUCAGUUUAAACAACUUUUACAAGAAACGGGUUUUGUCACACCAGGGAAGUCAUUAACCGAAGUACGCAUUUUGUUUAUGGGUCGCGAAUGUUAUGAGUCUCUCAGCGAACGUGAUAUUAUUGAGAUAUACGAAGAGCACCAAAAAGACAUAACUGAUUUGUCAAAAAUGAAUUUCCAAGAAUUAUUAUUAGAACACUCGAGUUUGUUCUACCAUUUUGCAAGUCUUGGACCCGGAAGUGUCAUUACUCAGGACGACAUCCAAAAGAUUACUGAAACUCUUGAGGACGACCAUCGAUAUAAAGCAUUAGAUCGUUUAGAUCAGGACAGGACUCUUAUGCUACUCAGACAUCUAGGUUUCAUUCACGGACCCAUUAGAGAGCAUUGUCCUGUAUUUCCUAAUUGUAUGGAUGUUUUAAUUGAAAAAUAUAACGCAUGUAAAGCAAGAAGACCCUCAACUGAUACCAGAAAUAGUCACUGGUUUUCAGAAUCUAAUAAUAAUCACAUUAACUUAAUAUUGUUGGGUUCGGGAGGUCUUAGUGAUGAGUUAUGUACAGAAAUUAAGCAAAUCAAUGAAACGUUUGAAAUGGACACCACUAGGUUUACAUUAGAUUUUAGGAUAAUUGGUGGUGACGUUGAUUUACCACAAAAUGCCUUCCGAACGGUCGACUUUAGUCCAAAGGGAUGUUUUUGUGUUUAUUCAAAUCAUCAGACUUUAGAAUAUGUGAGACAGAGUUUAGAGAAAACAUUAUUAUCAGAUCUGGAACAGGAGGACGGUUUACCAUUUCAUGGUCUUCCUAUUGUUAUAUUAUUUGCUGCCAACUCUAAUAUUAAUGAAAAAGAUUUAAUAUUUUUGCGAGAAGAAGGCCAAAAUCGGGCCAAAAGUCUUCAGUGUCCAUUCAUCGAUGUCACCAAUUUUAAUAGUCAUUCAUCUGAUGGUCGUUUUGAUACUCAAUGCUUAAGUCAAGCAUUGCGUGCACUUAUAGAAAGCAUACAACGACGCGCCGAUUUGAUGCAAAUAUAUCAAUCAGUUUUGCCCGAACAGGCACUCAAUCCCGAUAUCAGAAUACUUGUCUGUAUGCUAUGCGGCGAUCCCUUCAAUAUUGAACACAUUAUGAGUCCUUUUCUCAAUCAAAAUCUUUAUUACGUGACUUCUUCUCAUUCAAUAACGAUUGAAAUUAUUAUCGGAGAAACAAAGAGAUUUGUUGAGUUGGUUUGCACCUCAUAUCACGGCGCACACGCCUAUCGGGAUGAACUUCUUCACGGCUUUUUACUCAUCUACUCCUGUGGUCGGAAGGCAUCGUUUGCCACAAUGAGUGCUUUUACAGAUAACAUUCCCAAUACUCCCCUUCAAAUUGUGGCCUUUAGUGAUACCUCUAACUCUAAUAUUUAUUAUUCAAAUCAUGAUUUGGAUCUUCAACUUCUUUCUGAAGGCACUAAUAUGGCCGACAAACUUGAGGCACAUUUUAUUUCUUCCGCACCAAAUCAACAGAAGUCUUCAUAUUUUAUUCCAUUUCUCAAAGAAGUUUUUGAAAGAAAACCUCAAAUUGAGAAGGCCUUUGAAAUGGACGACUCUGACUAUUCUAUUGAUAGGCCAAUAGUUCCAACAGUGCCCACAAGACAAGAGUCUUAUCAUAUCAGAAGCGGUUCUGCCGAUUCUGAUGGCAUAUAUGAACAUUUAGGGGAUAAAUCAAAUGAUAAUGGAGGAGAACUCAUAUCGUCGAGUGGUUUUGUUGAUGGACAACAUUUAAGUCCCAGUGAUGACAGUGAAGUAUACGCCAGUGUUUAUAAUCAGGAAAAUGGUGAACAUCUUGUAAAGCCGAGUCAAAUCAAGAAUAGACGUAGUCUUCAAGCGGAUCUUUAUCGACAAUCUUUUCCGAGUACUGAAUCUCUAGACAGGCCACUAUCCAAUCGGCGCAGCGAUCACUCGGUUAACCCACCGCUGCCGCCUAGACGUGACCUGUCUUAUGCUCCGCCGCCAUAUACCCGAGCAAUGUCUCCGCCACCAUCUUAUUUAAGUCAUUUCUCGCCGAGACAUCCGUUACAACACAAACCAUUAAAGCCGUCAUCAGACGAGCUGAAGGCAACGCCUCAUUCCUCAACAUUGUAUUCAACUGAUAGGAGACGAAUGCCUCCCUAUUCUGAUAUAAAAUCCUUUACUCCAUUUCAAUAUCAUUUUCACAUUAAAAAGUCUAAUAGUUUAAAAGCUUCUUCUUUGGGAAACACUGUGUCUGGUAUUAGACUUAGCCCUCAUUCUUCUCGAUUGCCUGAAGAUGCAGACAAUGCAUCGGAUGACGCUUCCGAUGAAGACGACGAUACCGUCUCAUCAGGCCUUAGCGGAUAUGGUGCAUAUCCACCACCUCCAGAGCCCGCACCACCUGACUAUCCAUAUACUUCCCGUCUCAAGAAGACACCUUCUUUGCCUACUUCAGGUCAUUUGCAGACUCAACACACUUUCAAUGAGGGUUGGAUGGAAAGAGAUAAUAGAGUUUAUGAGAGAGGAAGUGAGGAAUGGCUCGACAAUGAUGUAUAUCACGCUUAUCACAGCAGUCAUCAUAAAUUGCCGCCACCUAUAAAGCCAAAGCCGGGAAAAUUAAAUCUAAAACAAUUUGAUAACAUUACUGAUGCCAUUGGACGCCUGACUGUUGGUCCUCGACAGGGAUCAGCGAUGCCAAAAGUGGGCCUUUUGAAUGCACCUUUGGCUGCAUCUGAUUUACUUGAUAUGCCCGUAGAUUACACUAAGGACGCAAUCUAUGGGCGCAACUCUCAUGACUAUUACUCAGGACUUCAAAACACUAUAACUGAUAGCAAACAUCGCGUUCGUCUGAACAGAAGAAACAAAGAUUCGCUGGAAAAAGUUGGUUCAGAUUCUGAUAGUGAUUGGAGUUCUCUCGAGCGCCGAGAGAGAGAAUUAUAUAAUAGGGCUAAUCGUAAGCCCACUCCGCACAAGAAGGUGCGUAAAAAACGUGGAAUACCAGUGGCACCGCCACGACUGCCAUCAUUUGAAAGCACUUCCAAUCACUUUAGUAAUAAAUCAGCUAAAAAUGUUAGCGACGGUCCCACUCUUGGGGCUAACUCUCCUGUCGAUGCUUUUGAAACAUCAGUGAGGGCUAAUACACCAUCAGAUGGAAGUGAAGUAUCCAAUGAAGAUAAUGAGCCCAUUGAUGGCACGCAACAGAUUAAGUCGCGGCCAAAUCACUCUUUUCAUUUGCGCCGACGACCCAAACUUGCGACACAAUCUCACUCAUUAUCUGAAGCCAAUUUUGGUGAUCCUAACAGUCCUAUUGAGUCCAAUCAUAAUAAUAUCAGUUCAUUCACUAUAGACCACUCACCAAAACAUAAAAACGAGUCGUCAUUGUCAUGCAUUCAAGGAGUUGAAGAAGAAGAUUACAAUCCAAGAGAUGCAACAAUGGCUCAGUUGGGUAAAGUGUUGAAGAGUAAGUCGGCCACAGCUAUCACUGAAAACAUUGAAAAGUCCGCCCUUAAGAAAGAAAAAGAUAGAAAGAAAACACGUGAAGACGAGAAACUUGAAAAACGAAGAAUUAAAGAAGAAGAAAGACUUAAAAGAUUAAAUGAAAAGAAAAAGAAGAAACAAAAGAAUAAUUCGACUUCUAAUGAACCGACAAUUGAAGACUUUAUUCAGAGUGAAGACAAUGCCGUUCCACUGUUUGUCGAAAAGUGCAUUCAAUUUAUUGAAGAAGAAGGUCUUGAUUCAGAAGGUAUAUACCGAGUGCCAGGAAAUAGAGCUCAUGUGGACCUACUGUUCCAAAAAUUCGAAGAAGAUCCUAAUGUUUCAAUUCGUGAGUUGGAUAUACCAGUCAAUGCAGUGGCCACUGCACUCAAAGACUUCUUCUCGAAACGUUUGCCUCCACUUAUACCUACAGCAAUGAUGGAUGAGUUAACAGAUCUGUCCUCUUAUAAUGACAAAAGUAGUCGUUUGUCUUCAUUUAGAGAAUUUCUCAAAAGCCUUCCAUCGGUUAACUUUGAAGUCAUUAAAUUUGUAUUCAAACAUUUUGUUAAAGUUGCAGAUAAUUGUCGACUCAAUAGUAUGGACACUAAAAAUUUAGCGAUCUGUUGGUGGCCAACACUACUUCCCAUAGAAUUUAGUGAUAUGCUUGUCUUCGAACAAAUGCGACCACAUUUGGAGGAUUUCGUACAGACAUUGAUCGAUGAAUUCCAGUUCCUCUUCGGCAAUGAAGAUGUACUGCUCAUCGUUUGAUUGCAGUUUCAUUCUAUACCUUAAACAGCAUUUUAACAAUCAGACAGUGAGAUAUCAUCACAAAGAAGUGGUGUUUAACGCCAAAUACAUAUUCUGGUCAUUCGUGCACUCAAACUACAGACACAAACCAUAAAUCAAUUCAUUUUAAAUAUUUUCAAAAAAUCAAUUAAUUUUCUAAUUUAAUGAUUCAAAUUUAUUUUACUCAAUCCUAAUGUUACUUUUGAGGGAAGCUUUACUUUAUACUAGAUUUACGGACAUGUAUUACCGUAAUUGACUGAAACAUAACUUUUUUAGUUGAAUACCUGUGCAGCUAAUGCUUGACCUAAAUUAAUGCCAAUGCAAUUGCAUAUCAAUUCACUUAAUAUUUGUCCAUCGAUUUCACAUUUGCCACAAUUAAUGAUUUUUUAAAUUCGUGUAUAUGUCCUAUAAUGUAGUUAUUUACAGAAAUUAUUAUUCAAUAAUUUGACUUUCGCUCAAAAUUUUUCAUAAAUGUUUUUAUUUUCAUAAAAUGCUAUAUAGUUGUAAAUCUAAUAAUUGGUAAAAUAUAUUUUGUUGGGAUUGCAUGUAUUAUAUCUAACUGCCACUGCUUUUUGCAAAUCACUGGUUAUUUUGGUUCAUUACAUGACAUAUUUAUAUUAAAUCUAGAUUUUGUGCCAAACUUAUCAUUUUGAAAGCAAUAUUAAGUUAUAAUUAAAAAUCUUAAAACAAUGAAAGUCUAAUUUAAAAUAAAAUGAUGCUUUGGUUACAGUAUAUAACUGUAAAUAAAAAGUCAGACCAAAAAAAUACUUCAAUUGCUUCCCUAAUGACCACAAUUUGAUUGUCAAUGAGAUUCACAUUUUCACACAAAACUCAUUUCCCAAUUGUUUUACACAUCAUUUCAAUCAAUAGCCGCUUCUUUGCUAUUAUUUAUUUGUUUUUAAUAUUUGUUUACAUUAUUUAAUUUAUAAAAAUGAUUAUUUAAAAUCAAUAGAUACACAGUUUUUAAUUGAA